AUGCCAACUUCAGUGCUGCAGGUAUAUUUCCUUACUUUAUUAGGUGGAACGUCACUUGCUUUCGACUUGGGCGGUGAAAACGAUGUUACGCAAAUAACAGACACAAUUGUGCCUAGUUUUGAGAAAUUCGAUGGACUUACCCAGUCAAUAAAUUCACCACCAGAUUUGUCCGAGAAUUUAAAUGGUCCAGAACAGUUACCCGAUGAACACACAGAUAGUAGCAAUCAAGUUUGGCCUCUGCAUAUUAGCUUGCAGGUAGGUUGGCCAUCUAUUUCUGGUGAUCAAGGACAAUUAAGUUGGUUAUCUAAUCUCAGAGGAAGUGAAGAACUUACUUCGUCAAGCAAAGACUAUAGCGGCUCAGGUGGUGAGGGACCCAAAAAUGAACAGGAAUGGAUACCACAUAUUAAGGAGCAGGAAGCUAAAACGCUGGAAGGCGAUCAUAGCGAUUUAAAUCCGAAUUCAUUGACGACUGAUACAAACUUUCAAUUUCCAGCGUCAAGUGCUCCAGAGAAUUCCGUAGAAGUACCGGAUAGCACCGAGAUUAAAUCCCAAAUUGCACGAGAUAAUUCACGAAAGACUGAUACUCUUUUGACUCCAACCAUUCACAGAGAGCAGGAUGUUUCACUGACGCCUAACAUUGAGUCGUUGCCAACCAAGUCGAUUGAUGAUACAAACGAGAAACCAAAGUCGAGCUUUUCGAAAACGGGUGCUUUUUCUGAUAACGACGUGACGCAACAACAGUCGCUGCUGCAAAGUGAGACAACAGCUGGUGGCGACUUGAUCGCAAGUAUGUCUGUAUGGGGGGCACCUGUGGUGGCAUCGACAGGCACGAACCUUAGUAGCGUUGAGCCUCAUCUUGGACGCAUCACCUCCAAGUCUGGCAAGUGUGUUGUCGCAAAACCAACUGAAUACAUAAGUGAUGAAUAUUUGGACUGGGUAUGGCAACAUCGUAUUGGUCCGACAGCGCCGCUCAAGCCAAAUGUUAACUGGAACGUUAUGGAUAAUAGUAACCUUCUACUAGACAAAUUUGUGCAUAACGAAGGAUCUAUCAAUUAUUGCGUUCGAUGGGAGAGCAAUACCAAUCUAGACAAGCAAUCCGCAUCUCAAUUCCAAGGAGUUUUGGAACGUCACUACAACAAGUGGAAUAAAUGGUUAGAAGGCUACAAUUGCUGGCCUUUCAAAAAGCUUAAUGUUAACAUCGUGGGUUGGGCUGCGCGGGACAAGUCGCAAUUCAAAUGGGCUGAUACUACGCUUGGUCAUAUUUAUGAAGGUAUUGUCGACUCGAGUGGUGUACCUCAAUGCCCGGACGAAUGUUAUCGUUUCUACGACAGUAUAAGCAAUCGCUGGUCGGAUACAAGCACUUGUACAAAUGAGCCGUUUGAUGUCUCGUUAUGGCUAAGCGAGAGUAUUUCGAAUGGAUUUGGUUUUGAUUGGGGUCAACAAUUAAGUCUUAACAAUACGAUGGAACACCUUUAUGAUGAAAAUAUCAUGUUUGUUGGCCAUGAGAUUGGUCAUGGCUUUGGACUUCCGGAUUUUUAUGGCCCAGAAACUAAACCUUCCGACGACUUUCCAAAUUCAAUCAUGAUGGCGUAUAGCUCUACUACAAUCAUGCCAAGCGAUGGCUGGAUGCUACGUCGUGUACUUGAUCAUGUCCGAAAUCGAUUUACAUUUUAA